AUGAGUGACCAUCAGAACCGCCAGAUCUACGAUUCGCACGACAAGGAAACUCUGAAAUUGGGGCUUUUCCCCAACCUUCUUCGACCUCUCUUUCCACCUCCGCCGCACCAAAUCGCCAUACCUAUCAAUGCCAGCACCCCAAUCGUGCUUUCAAGUUCAAUCCCAGAGUCGCCGUUAAUAUUUGUGAGGAAUUUUCCGGGCAGGAGGCCAGUGGUGGUGGUAGUUCCGCAAGGAAUGAGGCUGGUGGUUGUGGAACGUCUUGAAGAUUGA